UUUUGCACGAGUAUGAUGGGCUCAGGUAAGUCGGCGAUCUAGGGUUAAACCAAGAUAUUUUACAGACGGAGAAGAUGGAAUUUGAAUACCAUAAAGAGUAAUACUUGGGUACUGAUCAAGCUUAAGAGUAAAUGUUGUGUGAAUUGAUUUUGUUUGAUUGACCUUAAACCUCCUUCUUAUACCAAACUUCCAUAAAGGUGAUUUUGUAAGUUAUACGAUGCAGUAAUGGAAUCUGCAUUGGUUCCUAAAAUUACUUUAUCGUCUGCAUAGUCUGCCACUAAUGUAUUAGUCGUGGUUGGUUGGUCUGAAGUGUAUAUGUUAUACAGUAUUGAGGAAAGGAUGUCUCGUUGUAGAACACCAAUUCUAAUUGGUGCAAUAUUAGAAUAUGCUGAUUUAUGAUGUACUUCAAAAUAUCGAUCGGUUAGAUAUGACUUAAGAAGAAUAUAAUAAGUAGGGGGCCAAAACGUCUUUAAUUUGUAUAGCAGUCCUUCAUGACAUACUCGGUCAAAAGCCUGUGAAAUAUCAAGAACAGCGCAGGUACAAUAUAUUUUUUUUUCAAGUCCGUAAGAAACUGAGUCAACUAGUCUAUUAACUUAGUGGAUAGUUGAAUGCUUUCUCCGAAAACCAAAUUGGUAGUCUGGUAGAAUUUUAUUUUCAUUGAUAAAGAGAAGUAUGCGCUUGAGUAUGAAUCUUUCAAAAACUUUCGCAAAAAAUAGUAAUAGACUAAUUGGUCUAUAAGAAGUUGACAAGUCAAAGGGCUUAUUUGGUUUUGGGAAUAGGAUGAUUUUAGAGAACUUCCAGAGAAGUGGGAAAUAGGAAAGCCUCAGUAUGGCAUUAAAUAUAUGGGUAAGUAGGAUAAAUUCUCGUUUAGGUAGACAUCUAGCUACAUCAGCAGUAAUUAGAUCAAAACCUGGAGACUUCUUUAGAGAGAAUUUUUGUAUGGUAAAUUUAAUAACACUUGGCGUAAAAUGCUUGACUGGUAGAUUAAGUGGUAAUGGUACGUUAAGAUACCUAAGAACCGUAUGUAUAUUGUCAGAUGAAAUAUCUUGGUGGGGUUAGAAAACGUUAAAGAGGUGAUUAUUAAAUAGUUCAGCUUUCUCAAGGUUUGACGAGGCUAGACUUCUAUCAGUCUUUUUGUAUAUUGUAUUUAGGAGGUGAGUAAAUUACUGCUACUCUAAUUUGAAUAUUAUUUAAACUGAUUUGUAUAAUAUAUAUAUAAUACGAUAACGAGUGCACGCGAUAGUGUACAACUAUAAAAUUAUCAAUGUGUUUAACGUAUAUCGCCGAAACGAGUGAACUAUAUUAGAUGUAAUUGGGGCACUUUGAGUUAAUUAUGCUAGUAAACGAUUAAGAAACGCGACUUCCACAUUUCCAAACCCAGUUUACAGGUAUUAUUAAGUGAAUUAAUUAAUUAAAAGAGAGAAAAAUAAAAUAAGAUAUCGGGAGCGCGAAAAAACACAUGCGUACCAUAUAAACGCUAUCGCAGGACUGAUAUUAUAACUUAUGUAUAAUAUAAUAUAUAAUAACAUAUCAAAUACGAUUUAUUAUUGAAAUAAUAUGAUUACAGCAUUAGUCCCCGAACAAAAAAACUGCAUUAUUUGUCUAAUGAAACUUACCUCAGAAUUCAGUACUCAUGAUUGUGGUUGCCAAUAUCAUAAUAUAUGCAUAAAUGUUUGGAAAAUUUAUAAGAAUAAUGCUAAAUGUCCCAAUUGUCGAAAAGUAUUAUUGAGAGAACGAGAAACACCUAUAGGAAUAUGUAUAGCUUGUUUAAAAAAUAAAGGGUGCAAAAGUAUGAAUAAAAACUGCAGCCACUUCUAUUGUGAAGAGUGUUUUGAAGAAGUUUUAAAAUAUUAUUAUGGUUUUUGUCCAAUCUGCAUGGAAGAAUAUAAUGGAGAAAGAUGAAGGUCGAAAUAAAUAAGUUGUUUAUAAGAGAAUAUGUGAUGGUCUAUUUAAUAGUAAAAAAAAAUUAUAUAAUUUAGUGUUAAUUUUAAAAGUUUAUUAUAUAAAGUAUAAUUAUUAAAAUGUCUAUACAAAAAACAAAUAAUUAAGUGAUACAUUUUAUUACACAUGCGUUUUAUAUACAUUUACAAUAUGAAAUGUCUAAAUUUUUAAAAUCAUUUAUAAAAAGACAACUAAUUAUGUAUAACUAUCAUUCCAAUAAAUGAAAA